GUCAAAUACGCUUGAAACGUCGUCGUUUUAUUAAUUUCAUGCUUUUUUUCUUCUUCACUGGAUCUUCGUGCGAAAAUUAUUCUUCUUCUCGGGCAUGGCUCCAGUUAUGAAGCCUUCGAGGGGGCGUGAACCAGACGGAUCUGGUGGAUACCAAUCCACCAAUCUCUGGGUCGGUAGCUUAACCCCCGACACCACCGAAUCCGAUCUCGCCGAUCUGUUCGGAAGGUUCGGCGAAAUCGACAGGCUCACGGCUUAUUCCUCCCGUUGCUUCGCGUUUAUCUACUACCGUCGCGUUGAAGAAGCCGUGGCCGCGAAGGAGGCUCUCCAAGGGGCUGAUUUAAAUGGGAGUCAGAUUAAAAUCGAAUUCGCUCGACCGGCAAAACCUUGUAAAAGUCUUUGGGUGGGUGGAAUCAGCUCUAGUGUACCGAAGGAUGUACUCGAGGCAGAGUUUAGGAAAUUUGGGGAAAUCGAAAGUUUCAGGUUUCUUAAGGAUCGCAAGACGGCUUUUAUUGACUUCUUUGAUGUGGAAGAUGCUAUACAGGCAAAGACCAUGAACGGGAAGCGACUAGGUGGUAGCUUUUUGCGAGUUGAUUUUCUUCGGUCACAAGGGCCAAGAAAAGAACCACGACUUGGCUCCGAAGAUGUCAGGGAUGGCAAUUUGAGUGCUAAGCACCAGGAUCCUCACUCAUUUGGAGAUGGCCAAGCAAGUAACGUUCUGUGGAUUGGGUACCCUCCUUCUGUUCAGAUAGACGAACGACUGCUACACAAUUCCAUGAUACUUUUUGGUGAGAUUGAGAGAUGUGUUAGCUAUCCAUCAAGGCAUUUCUCACUUGUGGAAUUUAGAAGCAUUGAAGAAGCUCGCUGUGCUAAGGAAGGACUACAGGGAAGGUUAUUCAACGAUCCAAGAAUCACAAUCAUGUACCAAAACGACAACAUUCCCCCUGGACGAGGAGAUGAUACAAGUUUUUAUUCUGGUGUCAAACGAUCAAGGCCUGAAAUGUUCAUCAACGAUCCACCAUACGUAUCGUCACCACAUUCCAGUGUGGUUCUUGACCCUGUUAGGCCCUUCCGAGGUAGCAUGGAACGUUCACAUAUUGGUUCAGAAUAUGGUAAUGAAGGAAGCUGGAGAAGGCUAUCUCCUACAGGAGCUGGAAUACUCCCGUCUCCCGCACCAAGUACAAGGCUACUACCCGUUAGGUCAAACCGUGGUUCUUGGGAAGGAUAUGAUCCUACUCAGUUGGAUAGAGAACAUAAAAGAACUCGUAGAGAUGGAUCAUUAGAUUCUUUUCCUUCGUUGGGUGUAGAUGAUCGUAUCACUGGGUUGAAUAGGUCAUAUAGGCGUGGACCAGUUGCAUCUAGACCAGGCCGUGGUUUUCCUGAUACUGAUUUCAUUUGGAGAGGAGUCAUUGCCAAAGGUGGAACUCCUGUUUGUCAUGCUCGUUGUGUACCUAUUGGAAAGGGGAUUGAAUCCGAACUCCCUGAGAUGAUCAAUUGUUCAGCAAGAACGGGUUUGGAUAUGCUUGCCAAACAUUAUACCGAAGCAAUUGGAUUUGAAAUCGUUUUCUUCUUACCAGACAGUGAAGAAGACUUCGCGUCUUAUACUGAAUUCCUCCUCUAUCUUGGUUCAAAGAACAGAGCAGGUGUUGCUAAAUUAGAUGAUGGAACCACAUUAUUCUUGGUUCCACCAUCAGAUUUCUUAACUGAUGUGCUCAAAGUAUCUGGUCGAGAAAGGCUAUAUGGUGUUGUCCUCAAAUUGCCUCCACCACAGGUUCCUGCAGCAUCAUUGUAUAGACAAGAAUCUCAGACCGUUCCUCCACCCUAUAUGGACCAAUCUCGAGAUCAAGCCUUGUUGGAUUACAACAGAGGUAUGCAGGAAGCAAUGAAGCCUCCUUCUUUUAGCGAGCCUGUUGCUGUACAUAACACUGCAACGCCUCAAGCAGGUGUUAGUCUAACGCCUGAGCUAAUAGCCACUCUUGCCUCCUUGCUCCCAACAAAUUCUCAACCAGAAAGUCACCAAUCCGUUGGACUGUCUCCAUCAUCAAAUCUAUCGUUUCAACAAUUAGGCAAUGAGUAUAAUCCGGUGGGGCAACUCCCUCCUCCUCCUCCGGUGCAUUAUCCACCAGUGUCAAGCACACCGAGCUACUCCGGCGGUAUGCAAUACCAAACACCAUAUGUUAGUAUGCCUCAGCAGGCGCCGUUACCUCCACCACCGUCGGAUAAUUACUCUAUGUACUCUCAAGGUUCACAUCAAGCUCAAUAUCACCAUGAAGCUCCCAUGCUUAACCAAAACUACAUACCAAUCCCUGGAGCUGAGAACCCUGGUUUGCUUGGCUAUCAGGGUAAUUAUCACGGUCUGAGCAAUAAUCAAGCUUAUAACGAAAAUCCUUCCCAUUCUCAAAUUGCGAUGCCACCACCACCAACACAACAGCAGCCACAGACUUUGCUCACCGGAGCUGGUCAAGGUACAUCACAUGGUGAGAUCGAUAAGAGCCAGCAAUAUCAGUCUACUCUACAGCUUGCAGCUAACCUUCUUCAACAGAUUCAGCAACGGCAGCAACUGCCAUCAAAUGCUUCAACUGGACAAAGGCCUUGAGACAGAGUUUUCCACAUGCCCUUUAUAAUCUCUAUUGAUGCACAACGUACUGAGUUUAGCUACUGUUAUGUUACUUAUUGGCUGUUAGAGAACGUGUUGCCGAGUGAUGAUGUCGCAAUGAGAUUCUUUGGUCCAGAACCAGACAACCACACAAGAGACUUCUACUUGUGUCUCAUGAACUAGGCCGUACAAAUUAUGUGAUUUAGAUUAUUAUUUGUUAUAUAGACAUCGAACUCUAAUGAUACUCUUCAAUAACAAAACAAAGAACUUAAAGAGCAAUCUAUGCAUCAUUUUCAGAUAACAUCAACAA